AUGAAGAAAUUCGUCGUCAAAGAGUGGGCUGAACUUAUUUCAGAUCCUAUUAUGGUGAGAGAGCAAGAUCAACGUAUCUUUAACCAUGCUGACUUGCCCGUGGUGAAAGAUCAGCUGUCAGUGACAUUACGACUGAGACUUAUGAAGCAUUCCCUUUCCUAUGAUACUAUUUUUCACAAAGGUACUGAAGAUGUAAUCCGCACGCCUGGACUUUGGCUAGGAGGAGAUAAAUUGCAUGCUCGCUUCACAGGGAACUGGGAUUGUAAUGCAGGAAUUGAUGAGCUCACUCCCGGACUUUUGUUAAACAAAUGGUACCAUCUAACUUAUACACUUUCUGAUUCUGAAAAAAGAUUAGAUUUCUACAUAGACGGUGAGUGGACCAGAUACUAUAGCAUCCAGGAUGUUAAAGUGCAAAAGGUUAUCUUCAAUGAUGGACCGCUGUAUGUUGGACGUGCUUUCUCUUGGGGUGGGAUUAAUGGAGAAAUUAGCAAUUUUCGUUAUUUCAACUGGCGCUUAUCCGCUGAAGAAGUGAAGGAAGAUUUUUUCAAAAAGCCAAUUGUAAAAGGGUCAAAAGUUGCUCUUGUUCAUGUGCCUACCAGAAAAUAUUUAUCUACUAAAGGGGUCAUAGCGUUUCUCGAACAAUAUAUGGUUAUAGGUAAUGGUCAGGAAAUAGAUUUGAAAAAUGAUGUUUGGACUGUUAUUGGAGCAUGUGGUACAAGCGAAAGUGCAGGAAGUCCUGUGUACUUUAAUACCAUUGUUGGAUUUAAACAUCAGGCGACAGGAGAAAAUUUACACUCUCAUGGUAUGGGUUGUGGGACAACACCAAAAUCUAACCAUCAGCAAGUGACCAUCUGUAGAGAUAUAAAUCGUGACGAUGAUUGGCUUAUCCGACGUUAUAGUCCAAAUGCUUUUUAUGAUGACUCGGGUAGUUUGAGUCAUGGUGACAUCAUCAGUCUUUUCCAUAUCACAACUGAUAAACCAGCACUUUACAGUCAUGACAUUUUAUUAGAUGAUGGAACCCAAGAAGUUUCUUGUUAUGGAAAUGGAAAUGACGAAAAUAAUAAGAAAUCUUUGCACGAUGUGACUUCUGAAUACCAAGAAACAGAACUUACUCGUGAUCUUAAGUUCGAGAAGUUAUCAAAUCAGCGAUGGAAAAAUUCUCAUACUUAUCAUUUGCGUUGCAAUGCAAACACAAAUGAGAUUCGUUUACAUGCCUAA